AUUAUUCUCACCAGCCAUUAACCCAACCUGCCCUGGUACUUUUUCCCUCUUUGCCAUCUCACUCCCUCCACUUGAACAGGCGAUACAAAGCCUGUUCCCUUGAGAUCGUUUAGCCAAGACUCCUGAUCUUGUUCCUUUAAACCCCAGGUGCAAUCUCGGAGCUGAUCUCAAAUUCUUUCUUUCCCUUUUUACCACCGACACCGGCCACUUCUCACCACCACCGAAUCCCUUACCCUCCAAGUAUCUCGUGUCGACAUCGACUCCUCUCUAAAUAGCCAUCAUGGCCGAAUUCCUGACUCCCCCUUCUUUCCUUACGGACAAUGCCGUCGCCGCGGCUCUCAAGGAUGCAUACACCUCUUUCUCAGACCGCAGGGCGGCCCUCGGCCUGUCUAACCCAGGAACCAUCGAUAACAUCUCCAGGGAGGUGCAGAAAGAAGUCCUGCUAUCCAAUUUCAUGUUUACCGGUCUCCGUGCGGACUUGACAAAGGUUUUCGGCAUGUCUCCUCUCUUCCGUGUGUCGCAUGCCUUCUCCAUGGGCUCAUCGGGAAAUAUGACCCCGUACGCGUUCUCCGCCAUGUACGGAACCCCCAAGGUCUUCAUGCAAGGUAACUUCGGCAGUGACGGUGCCCUUGCCGCCGUCGGCAAUUAUCGCUGGACCCCCAAGCUGGUCACCAAGACCAACACUCAGAUCAUGGCUGGAGCCAGCCAGGGUCUGAUGCAGAUUGACAAUGACUACACCGGCGAUGACUUUAGUGCUUCUCUCAAGGCGUUCAAUCCCUCGUGCUUGGAGGGCGGUCUUACUGGAAUUUUCGUUGGAAGCUACCUUCAGUCUGUUACCCCCAGCCUGGCUCUUGGUUUCGAGGCGAUCUGGCAGCGACAAGGCAUGACUACCCGUCCCGACACCGCCAUCUCAUACAGCGCCCGAUACAAGAGCGACGACUGGAUCGCCAGUGCUCAGCUGCAGGCCCAGGGUGUCUUGACUGCUUCUUACUGGAGGAAGAUCUCCGAACGGGUGGAGGCUGGAGUUGAUAUGAACCUCCAGUUCGCACCCAACGCCGCUGCCGCUAUGAUGGGUGGGCCCAGCAGAGAUGGCACUACUGCCAUUGGUGCCAAGUACGACUUCCGUGCUUCCACAUUCCGUGCUCAGGUUGACAGCACCGGAAAGGUCAGCUGUCUCCUGGAGAAGCGGAUAGCGAUGCCUAUUUCGCUCACAUUCGCUGGUGAGAUUGAUCAGGCCAAGCAAUCGGCUAAGCUCGGUCUUGCUGUCUCCCUUGAGAUCGCUGGCGAGGAAUUGAUGGAGCAGCAAGAGAAGGUGGAGGCUCAAGGAAUGACCCCUCCUCCUUUCUAAAAAAAAAAAUAACAAAAAGCAAAAGAUCUCUCUUACCCAUCUCUGAGGCUAAUCAAGUCCACCUCGCAGUGAGAGGGUAGAGCUAUUGCUCUUACCCUGCCUUUCAGCUUAUACCUCUUCACCCAUUGUUUUACUAGCUCUUCACCCCCCUCCCCCGUGUGCAUGUUUGGAAGAUGGAGUGUUGCCUCGGUUUAUCCACUAUUAAAUACGGUUUGUUGGUCAAUGGAGGCAGUCAUUUGGCGCCACGGAACCAAUUUUGUAUAGAUCCGAUCUUCGUCUCUUUUUCUUUUUUUCGUCUGAUGUUUUUUUUUUU